AUGGGAGUGCCUUCUGAGGUCGACACGAGUCUCGGCAAAAUAUCAAAGUGGGGGGUUUUCGAGUUUGUCCCGCAUAAUCAGCAUGGCGCACUGAUGGUAUGUCUAAGGAGCUUCUGGGAGCGCUUGCCGAUCGGAAGGGGCCAACAGCUUUACCGAGUUAUGAAUCGGUCGUGGAAGCCGAUCCAUACCUAA